AUGAACGACGAAAAGAGGUUGGAGGACCUGAGAUCCAAAAUAAUGGAAUCUAUAAACAGAUCGGACAAAGGUGUUGUGACGGUUGAAGACAAAAGACUCAACUCAAAUAACACUAUUGUAGGUACGCAUCCUAAGAGGCAAAAAAAUGAUGCUAAGCUUCCGACAGCGCCAAAAAGCAGAGACGACCAGUACUAUCGAAGCGGGAAACCAUCGUCAUCCGUUAUGGCGGGCACAGAUCGAACGUUUCAUGAUAAUCAGGGUCAUCGAGAUGCAUCUGGAAAGUCAUACAAUAGAGAAAAUAGAUAUAACAGUCAUACCAUCAGGCCUCAAUGGAAUGACAAUUCGUAUGGUAGACAAAGGGAUGAAAGAAGAGGAAGAAAUGAAAGAUUGGAUAGAUGGGGAAGAAAUGGGGGCGGGAACUACGCUCGUUUUGAUGAUCAAAGAAGAAACGAGAGUCCCAAGUUCAAUGGGGACCGUGAUAAAAGGCAAGCGCCAAUUAACAGACACGAUAUGAAUUAUAAUGCUCAAAAUGUCAUUUACCCAGGUUCUGCUUUUGAUUCUCCGGCGUACUAUAACAUGGCCUCCUCUAGGGCAAAUUCAAGACUUGUUAUCUCAGGCUUGUCUCAUAGUGGCAAUUCAAGCAUUGUAGCAGACUUGAAAAAAUUGCUGGAAAAUUUUAUUGUGGGCUUAAAGGAAACAGAGAAGAACUCGGAGGACUUUAAAAUUACGGACUUUUUUAUCAGUAAAGGAAGCCCCGAUCAUAUUAUUGUUGAGUUUGGCUCUCAGCUAUGCAGCACGAUGGUUCUGGCCUGUCGAUCAUUUUUUAAUGUGAAACUUAACAGCGUCGGCUUAGAUUGGAAAAGACCCAAUGAUUAUAUUCAGCAGCUAGAUCAUUUAGUUGGUUUUUGCAGAGGUACGGUAAUUGCCUUAGAAGAUUUGGAGUAUGUGAGUGAUGGCAAGGAUGAUAGAAUGAAAGAAUUAAUUGAAUCAUUUAACGUGAAAAAUGGUGCUGCUAAGCCGCUCUUUUACAACAGCACCUCCGGUGCAAAUGAUGCUGAUAAAGGAUCUGAAUUCACCAAAUGUGUUUUGUUACUGUUUGAAGUAGUCUCACAAGGUAUUCUGGAUAAAUUAAAGCCAUACAAGUGGUUCAAGCCGAAUGAUGGCACUACAUCACAAGUUACUUCAUGGAUCACGUUUCAAAGCUUGCCAAAUCUUGUUACGCAAUCCGUUCGUGCAGAAUCAAGAGUUUUGUUGCUCUUGAAUUGUUUGGAUCCGCUGGAUUUGAAGGACGACGCCUUUAUUACAGAAAUCAAAGAAUCGUUAAGGUAUAGUAUUAAGGACAUAGAUAUCAUCAAAAUAUGCCAACCUGGAGUGGAUUAUAGACUCAAUUUUGAAAAUCUAGCCACCGGAGCCGGUAAUAUUUACAUCAAGUUCAACACAUUGGAGGCGGCAAAAUACGCAAUGGAAGAACUACCUGGCACUCAAUUCAAUGACCGUACUGUGCUGUGCACUUACAUAGAUGAAAAUGACUUUGAGAUAAUUGAGGAAGCUCAAUUAUCAUAA